GGAACCCAAUUUACGUCUACUUCAUGUCGCAUCAAUGACAAGUGGAACGGAAUCAAUAUUUUUGCAUUUAAUACUGUAAUAUUUUGCGUUUUUAAUAGAUCCAAAUAAAUCACAUCCUCCUUUAACGAAUUGACAUGCGUAUGAAUAUAGAGUAUACUACGUAGAAUACAAGAAAGGGUUGACAGAGUCCUUCAAUGAAGCUGGCAAUGAUUCUAGGCCACUCGAUACGGAAAUUCUCGGCGCCAGUUAUUUACGACGAGACAAAGUCUAUUAUAGUCUUCCAUUUGGUCAUUCGACAUUGAAUUUUGACUAUGCAAGCCAAGGAUAAAGAAAGCACGUUCUUUUCAUCAAAUUAAAUAAUACGACAUUCUUGCUUUUUAUUAAUUAAGAAAUUACAUCUGGAUCGGCGGACGAGCUGAUGGAAAGUAGUAGGCUCGAAACAAAGAGGUGGAAACGAUAGGGAAAGGAUGAAACGAGAAUAAAAGGCAUUGAAAAAAGAAGGAAAGAAAGCAAGCGAAGAAAAAUAUUCGAUCCGAUUCGAAGGAGAGAACUGCCAACAACCCCACGAGGCAUCGAGACGCAUGCGCGACGUAUCUUCAACGAAGGUUCGAGAACGUAAGGAGCUCCGUUGCUUUAUCGACUAUCAUCGUUCUUCCCUCGCAGACGAAUUCGUGGAAUGCGAGAACGAAGACGCGCCUCAUGAUCGUCCCUUUCUAAGCCGUGAAAAGGAUGAUCAAGGGAUUGGUACAUUCGACUCUUCCGAAAGAUAUACUUGUCUACUAUCCACGAAUAAUACGAGGAUUCGAUAUGCGACUCAGGGAGGCCAUCGUCUCGCUACCUUUUCAUCCAGGAGGAUUGAACAACAAUCAGCUUCAUAGAAGUAACGAGAAUCAAGCGACGACGGAGGAAAACGAUUCAUCCUCGUCGACGGAUUUCGGCUUGGAAGAAACGGUCGAGUUUCACGUCGCCGAGGACACUACCACGUGGUCUUCGCUCGCCAUAGCGCGGGACAACAUUCAGCUUGAAUCGGCCAACAACGGACGCAACAACAUCAACAAUAAUCUGACCACCUCGAGGAUUCGUCGAAAUAGUUCGAUCGAUAGUCUUGCCGAUUACGAAGGGCGUAACUCUUCUCGGGAGGAUUCGUCGUCCCACGAAUUGACACCGUCCGAGUGGUCGGAUCUGUCCGAGGAGGGAAAUCUUCCGUCUGGUUGUUGCGGGAUCGUUAAUACCAACUAUCCAGGAUUUCAACAUCUGGCGCCUUCAUUGCUCUCGGAUACCGACCUUACCGAAGACGAGCACGACAGCUGCCCGGAUUAUAUCCGUUUGAAUGACAUCGACGGUCGCUCCAGCGAAAACGGCAACGAGUAUAACAAUAAUAUCGACGAGAGUAUCAAUCAUCUUUGCGGACAGAGAAACGAUCGAAAGACCUUUUACGAAAAGCCUAAAUUUAAUAUACAGACGGUGACUUCUCUGUACGAGUCAGUGGUGCCACCCUCGGAGAAGUGUAUAAACUACGUGAAGAGCGUGGAGGUUUCGAGGUCGGAGGAGAAGGCUCUUUCGCCAGAACCGGUGAUCAUCGAGACUGAAAAUUUCUUGACAUUGGAAUCCGAAGAACCGUUCCGUCAUUCCGAGGAGAUUCUCAAAAACGAACACGACAGAGAGCUGGACGUAGAGCUCGAGGUCUUCAAAUUGUCAAUCGGCGUGAAGGAGACGUUACAAUUUCCAGAAAUCGAGGAGAUUUUAGAUUCGGGAAAAACCAGCGAAGUAGGCGAGACGGAGGAUAGCGUGGUGGAGCACAUCGACCUCAUACGCGAGGCAAAGGAAUUGCCUCGCACCGACCGCUCCAAAAUAGGCAAUCAAGCAACGACAACGUCGACGGCGACGGCAACGACGAUCGUGUCGAACGGUUCUCCUGGUGACUCUGAGACUAACACCGACACCGAAGGUUACACCGAAGAACAAUCAACGUACACGAAGCUCGAAGAAAUUGAUCUUCUCUCGAGCAUCGGUCGAGACAUCGGCGUUGAUCUCGAAAAAUACGUUCAGUCCGUUCCGGACGUCGUAGCCAUGGAGGCCGUUGACACCGUGCGUGGCUCAUCGCGCGGCUCUUCACGCGGCUCUUCGCGCUCCGCGUCCGGCAAUCGCAACAUGCUCAAGGAUCCUGUCUCGGAAGACACGAACAAGAUUUUAGAUCGAGAUCUUUCCGACGCGUCGAGCGUCGACUGUAGGAAGAAAGAAAAGAUGGUGAGAAACCAGGCAAAGAGAAGACAACAACAACAACAACAGCAGCAGCAACAGCAGCAGCAGCAACAACAACAACAACAACAACAGCAACAACAACAACAACAACAACAACAACAACAACAACAACAGCAACAGCCAGUUCGGUCGUCCAACUCGCGACGGCCGGAUAAGCGAAGGGCCGAUACCGAGAGCGGUCCAGGUGGAUUUGAUGUCUUCAAUAUCGAAACGGCAAUGCCAAAGAUCGACUUGGAUGCGAUCGAGUCGCAUUUGAGAGCUGCGCGUGAAGAAGAGCGACGGGAAGAUGACAACGACACGACGAGAGCACCCGUCCCGGUACCAGAAGUCAAGGUGCUUGAGAAACCGAAAGAAGAGAAAGAUCCCGAGAGGGAAGAUUUGAUCGCUCGAUUCGAUAGAUUGAUCCGAGGAGAUCCAGAUGAUACGCUUGAGCGACGGAACGACCGUGAGGAGAUUAGAAGAAGACUCGCAAUGGGUCCGGACGCCGAAGACAUGCGCGCUGAACGCGGAAGAAAGCCAAGCCUUCAGUCUCGCCUACAAAGUGGCAUGAAUCUUCAAAUUUGCUUCAUGAAUGAGACACCAUCGGACACAGAAUCGUCAUGUUCGGAGAGCGACGCUUUGCCAGGAUCUACACCAAUGUCCCGUGGAUCGAAACAGCAAGCGAAACAGCAAGCGAAGCAGCAAACACCCGCCAGACCUCAAGUACUCAGCCUUCCACCGUUGAGACUCGACUCUGGUACAAAUUCAGCACCGGUGGACGAGGCAGACUUUUUUGCACGCCAAGCGAGACUUCAAACGGAAGCACGCAUGGCACUUGCACAGGCUAAAGAAAUGGCUCAUAUGCAAAUGGAAGUGGAAAGGCAAAGGCUCAAACAAAGUCCUAUCACGGAAAUGGUACGAUCCAGUCUGGAAAAAGUUGGCAUUCAACUGGGGGAGGAUAGGCGACGGUUGUCUAGAGUUUUACUCACGGAACUCAAUGUUGCACAGCUUCAAGUAAUAGCUAAUGAUCUACACGCGAGAAUCGCUGCUUUGAACGAAGCUCUGGUCGAAGGACUCUUGAGAAGGGACGAUCUACAUAUGGAGCAAGAUUCGAUGCUCGUUGACGUCGAGGAUCUUACCCGAUACUUAGGUGCCAAGCAGGAAUCGAUGAAAAAGAAACAACAAACGGCUGCGGCGAAUCGAAACAAUCAACAGACGACGAUCGGUCAAACGAAGAACAUGAUCAAGCCAAAGUUGACGCACCGUAGUUUAGUCGCUCUCGUUAGGAAAUAAUCUUUUGCCACGAGACUACGUAGUCUCGUCGGAAAUUAAACGAGCGGAGCUAUUCACCAGGGACGAUGAAGCUUUGCAGCAUUUUAAAACGUUCGAAGAACAAAAAGGAAGACGAGAAUUAUUACAACCGGAUGGAUAAGAAAGCUGCAAUCUUUGAACGAAAAAUCCGAGGUGUGCCUGCUUAGACUUUUGCAGACAGUGUUUCAAAGGAAAGAAAAAAAAAAAAAAAAAAGAAAAAAAAAAGAAAGAUUUUUUUCAGAAUUUCCAAAGGUUUUUACAGCUUUGUCGUUGUCAAGUCGCAAAGUAGUUUUACCUACGUACGUAUAUACAUAGACGGUCAAGUAGCAACGAGCAAGAUUAACUACGUUUCAGUCCGAGAGGUGCACUCUCUUUCUAUAUCCGGAUCCAGACGAUCUGAUUGUAAUCCACAACUAUGCAUGCAUAUGUUUACCGAGUGUAUCGACAUCGCCUUUAUAUAAUAGUGCGCCAAAAUAACGGCAAAUCUCCUCUAUGUUGUAUAUAAGUCGAGAUUUUUUAGUGGAUGCACGUAUUUACGAUUGUAUUUCCUUCAUUGUCGCGUACAUAAUUUCGUUCUUUUCCAUGUCUUCCAAAAAUUAUCUCCUCCUUUCGUUUCUCUUCUUUUUCUUUUCUUUUCUUUUUUCUCUUAUUCUUUUUCCCGCUAUGAAGAAACGUGUGUUACAUAUCAAACAGGUAGAAAAAAUAUAGUUUUAUUAAUCGAAUUACAUCUUCGCGCCUACGAAGAUUCAUUUCUGUCGUUAUCAUUCGAACUAACAAAAGGCCGUGCAUUGAAGGAAAUAUUAAUAACCGUGCGAAUUUCUUUUAGACAACGUCGUCGAUCAAUUUGCAUAUCACUAUUCAUGCAUCCGAAAGUAUAUCGGAUUUUCCUACCUUAUGUCGCAUAUACGAUACUUAUGACAAUUAAUGAAUGCAUCCCUCUCUUGGUGGAAAGUAGUGAGAUACGUUGAAGUAGGUACACAUUUCUUAUCCGUACAAAAAGUGCAGGAUGUUACCUCACUUGGCGUGUCAUUCUUGCGAAGACAACGUCGUAACGAUCUCUACGAAACACUCUUCAACACGCGUGGUACACACGAACGUUUCGCAAAGAUCUAUCUUAAUUAAUUCAAGAAGCGCUUCAUCUACGAUGCGUUGUCGUGAAUGAACGCUAAAGGAGGCCGCUAAUUAACUCUGGAUCGUGCAGUCUAAUUAGUUGUUUGAGCAUUGUUUAUCAUCUCGAAACGAUGAGACACAAAAAUCUACGUCUUUUUGUGUGAUAACGGCGUAAACGUAAAGCACGAUAAGGCAGAAAACAGUUUGCAUGCACGUUUAUACGAUAAUUGAAUUUGCAUUCUUUCGUCUCUUCGUUGAUGCAUUCAUCUGCCGAUCUUCGUAUGCUUGGAGAAAUAAAUAGAAUCUCUGAUCGAGCUUUAACCGCGCAUAUAAAAGCACGAGAUAUACGUGAUAUUGUCGUGCGUGUACGCGCGUGGAUGCAGGGUGAUAUGCACUUCGAAGUGCACGAUCGAUUCGAAAAGCAAGUGAUGUAACAACGAAGGAUUUUAAUAUUGUGAGGCCUUGCAAAAGAUAGGAAGAAAAGUAACAAGAUUCUGGAUCAUCGAGACAAACACAGACACAAGUACGAGAUACACGCAGUAGAAGAUAUUUAUAAUAUUAAAGAAAAUAAAAAAAUAAAAAA